AUGACCGCCACCAACGAGAAGACGUCCAUCAUGGACCUCCCACCCGAGUUGUUCGAGAAAGUCGGCACAAUGGUUGACUCGAAGGAUCUCGGUGCCCUUCGACUGGUUUCGAGACAGGCCAAUAAUAAUGUCACGCGACUCUUUGCGAACACCCACUUCGGCACUUUAACACUACUUCUCUCCGAUAAAGAGAGUCUGCAACGGGGCGUUGUAGUUGCUGCUCAUCCCGUGUUCGCACCUUCUGUGCAGAACAUCAACGUUUACGUGGACGAGAUACCUACGUACGAUGAUAUUGAGCACGAGGUAGAGCUGGAGCGUAAGUAUGGGCGCAUUGAGCGCAGCUACACAAAGAGAGUCCUUGAGUUCGCCGAGCUUCAUGAGGGAUGGAUGGCUACCGGCGAGCAGAUGGCACUUGGCAAUGCAUAUGUACAGCAUGUCCUUCUGAUGCUGCACCAUCUGAAGAAGCAUGGUCGUGUCAAGAAGCUCGAGAUCUGGGACAACAUUGUCUCCGAUCAAGCACAUUCUCCAAUGCGUGCGCUUCAGAAAUAUGGUGACUUCAGCCCGCGCGAACCCUCUCGCAAGGGACCCUGGGGCAUAUUUGACGAUUAG